GCCAUCAAUGUACUGAAUGGAAACACACUCAUGCCCUGCGAACAGACAUGCCCCAAACAGAGCUCCUUAAGUUAUUUGUGGCAGUUGCAAUCACAUUCAUUUUAAUUUUGCCAGAAUAUUUCAAGACACCACAAGGAAGAACAUUGGAGCUAUCCUGUCUGGAAGUGUGCUUACUGUCUAAUUUCACCUAUUCACUGUCCUUAAAGUUUUCUUCUGUGACUUUCCUGCUACCAGUAAAAGAAACCCAGAUUCUUAUGGGAGUCUUUCCAAAAUAUUCCCAUUUCCCAAAUGUCACUAAAGCUUGCCAAAACAUCACAAGUAAACUUACUAGGUGCUCCCUCUGUUUGGUUUGUGAAUCCAAAGGAAACAUGGAUUUCAUUUCUACGGAACAAUUGUCAGAAGGUCUUAUCAUGAGAGGAUCAAUGGCAGUAAAAGACAAUGAUUUUUACUCACCUUGUCAACAUUUUAAUGUCACCAUAAUUCCUACUGUUGAUUACUUGGAAGAAUAUAACACAAGCUGCAAUCUAAAAACUCAUACCAGAACAUCAACAUUUAUGGAGAAGAAGUCCUUAAACCAGGAAGAGUCCUUAAACCAUACGUGUAGAACUAUGGAAUAUGAUGACAAUUGUAUUCACAUUUAUUUGCAUCUAGAAAUGGAUGUAAAAUAUGUCACUUGCUCUAUGAAGAUCGCUUGGUACAUUUUAGUUCUAUUAGUUUUCAUAUUUUUGAUCAUCUUCAUUAUCCACAAAGUGCUUGAAGGCCACAGGAGAGCCCAGAAGUGGCAUAGUGAUAAAUGCAAACCUAUGUCUGAUCUCUUAGGAAGAGGUGAUUCUGAGAAGCAGAGGGCGUUGACUGUGCGGGUUAUUUCAGCAGAGUCCACACAGGGGUUGCCCUGGGCUGGGAUCCAGGAAGCACUUCCUCCCAUCCCAGAACUAGAAGCUACUUCCUUGGUAUUUCAGCAAGAUCUGCAUACACAACCAUCGGUGGGAAAUCUGGACUAAACUCUUCUGAAGAGCAGGCAAACAGUUUUAUUUUGGGACCAAGGGGGCUGGUAACCGAGGCCCAUGUGAGGAUGCACAACAGGGCGUCAGCAGGAUGACGACCAGCUGAUGAAAAGCAGCUGGACAACAUUCAUUUGGCCCAGAAGACGAAGGAAAUGAGUUUUUCAAGGCGUUGGGAUGAGUCAUGGAAAACAGCUGAGAAAACCCAUGGAAAAAGCAAGAGAAUGCUCACUCGAUUUUUAUUCUAUCACUGUAUAGCUAAGAGUGGACUCA